ACUUCAGAUGUAAGCCAACCUUCAGAGAGGGAGGAUCGCGGUGCCUCCGAGAUCAGAACAUCCUGAGACAUCACUGGGUUCACAGACGGAGACAGGAGGGGAAGUGUCGACAGUGUGGAAAGAGUUUUCAACAGAAGUUCUUCCACAGUAAAGAAAUAAUCGCCAUCAGCUGUUCCUGGUGUAAACAAGCGUUCCACAAUAAGGUGACGUGUUUCAUGCUGCACCAGAUUGAGGAGCCGUGUUCACUCGGGGCCCACGCUGGAGUCAUUGUACCGCCCUCCUGGAUCAUCAAAGUCAGAAAACCACAGAGCUCACUUAAGAACUCUGCCAGGAGAAAAAAGCGGACAUCUUUCAAACGAAGGACAAGCAAGAAGGGACUGGAUGAGUCCAAAUGGCGUCCGUUCAUGUUGAAGCCUCUCCCUUCACCUCUCAUGAAGCCCAUCUUGGUUUUUGUCAAUCCCAAAAGUGGAGGCAACCAGGGUGCCAAGGUGUUACAGAUGUUCAUGUGGAUCUUGAACCCUCGACAAGUGUUUGACCUGUCACAGGGGGGGCUGCGAGAGGCGUUGGAGUUGUAUCGGAAAGUGCCAAAUCUGAGGAUCCUUGCCUGUGGAGGGGACGGCACGGUGGGGUGGAUCCUGUCCGCUCUCGACGAGCUGCAGAUGAACCCCCAGCCUCCGGUCGCUGUUCUUCCUCUGGGAACAGGAAAUGACCUCGCCAGGACGCUCAACUGGGGUGGGGGUUACACAGACGAGCCGGUGUCCAAGGUCUUAUGUCAUGUGGAGGACGGUUCAGUGGUGCAGCUGGACAGGUGGAACCUCCUGGUGGAGAAAGGUGCUGGGCAGCCAGAGGAGGGCACACAGAAGCUGCCUCUGAAUGUGUUCAACAACUACUUCAGCCUGGGCUUCGACGCUCACGUCACCCUGGAGUUCCACGAGUCCAGAGAGGCCAACCCAGAAAAGUUUAACAGUCGCUUCCGCAACAAGAUGUUCUAUGCAGGAGCUGCGUUCUCAGAUUUCCUCCAGAGAAGCUCGAGGGAUUUGUCCAAGCACGUCAGAGUGGUGUGUGACGGUACCGAUCUAACUCCCAAGAUCCAGGAGCUGAAAUUCCAGUGCAUUGUGUUUCUAAACAUUCCCAGGUACUGUGCUGGCACCAUGCCGUGGGGAAACACAGGCGACCAUCGGGACUUUGAGCCGCAGCGCCAUGACGACGGCUGCAUCGAGGUUAUUGGCUUCACCAUGGCCUCACUGGCGGCGCUACAGGUCGGCGGUCAUGGAGAGAGAUUGCACCAGUGCAGAGAAGUCGUCCUCACCACAUUCAAGACUGUACCUGUUCAGGUGGACGGUGAGCCGUGUCGACUGGCUCCCUCCACGCUCCGCAUCUCCCUCCGAAAUCAGGCCAACAUGGUCCAGAAGAGCAAGAGACGCACCUCUGUGCCCCUGCUCAACGAGGAUGAAGCAGCGGUGAGGAGUUGUGGUCGCCUGCAGGGGAGGAAGAGUAUUCAGAAGGUGUGUGCAGCUGAUCUGCGCCGCCUCUCUGCUCCCCCCGACUCCUUCUCUGUCCCUCACGCAGUUCCUGAUCGUCUGCGUCUUCGAGUGAAUCGGAUCAGCCUCCAGGAGUACGACAGACUGCAGUAUGACAAGGAACGACUACGAGACAUCUCCAUCCCAGUAGGCAUUGUGGUGGUGAGGGGCGACUGUGACCUGGAGACAUGCAGACUCUAUAUUGACAGAUUACAGGAGGACUUACACCAGGCGCCAUCUACUGGCCACAGAGUGCACUAUCAGGAUGAGAGCAGAGGCGUCCCCAGGACCAGUUCAACCAGCAGACUCUCUCCCAACUGGAGCUUCUUGGACUCCACAUCAGCCGACCGCUUCUAUCGCAUCGACAAGGCUCAGGAGCACCUCCACUUUGUGACAGAGAUCUGUCAGGACGAGGUGUUUAUCCUGGACCACGAGGGACCAGUGGUGAGCCAGGGGUCGUCCACAGGGAUGCCGGAUCUGGUGGUGGAGCCCACUGCUGGUGUUCCCUUGACGCCCGAUGAACAAGCUCUGCUGACAGCUGCCAGUACAGGAGAUCUGUCUAUGCUGUCGGAGUGUGUGCGCCGAGGCGUCAGCUUGUUGGUCAGAGACUCCGGAGGUUGUUCAGCGUUACAUAUAGCCGCCCAGAACGGACACACAGAGCUGGUCAGCUUCAUACUGCAGCAGGGCUCUAAGGUGCUCCUGGAUUUGACAGACAGAGAGAAGUAUGUUGGAGGGGACACUGCCUUGCACAAAGCAGCCUCGGAGAAGCAGCACGCCGUGUGUCGACUGCUGGUGGAGGCCGGGGCGUCGCUCGAGAAGACCAACUUCCAGGGGAAGACACCAGCGGACCAAGCAGAGGGAGACUCGGAGCUCACCACCUUCCUGAACGCCCAACAGCACACGUCCUCUGCCACCCACGAAGACUUGGAGACGGCUGUCUGAGGCGCACACGCACACUCUCACACACACACACUCGCUCGGUCUCUCUGGACUCUGCACACACUCGUAGUGGAGACGAAUCUGGGAGAGAAAAGUGUUUAAAAAAAAAACAAACGAUCAGAGUCUGGUUUGUCUCUGCAGAGAUGAACGGGACAGAUCAGAGGAGUGAACUGCUUCAGCUCACAGCAGCACCGCAGUGGAGAUUUUAAUGGUCAACUAUUUAUUUGUAUUUAUUUAUUCAUAUUCUAUUUAUUGGUUGUGCUGAUUGAGUGAUUGGUUGAUUGAUCGUUGGACUUUUAACGGUUCAGGAUGCAAGUGCACUUUGAGCAGCCGUGGUGAGUUCACUUGUCGUUUAGGAGAGACGAACUCAAGAAAACAUGUUUUAUUUCGGUCACAGUUCAUAUUUGAAGAAUGGGUUCACUCAGUAAAAAAAUAUGUGUUGAUCAAGUAUUUAAAAUCAGUUAGAAAUAACUUCUGCUGAAAAUUAUUAAAAUGACAUAAAUACUUAAGUUUUAUAUGUGUUGCCCCAUAAAACCUGUGUGCCAAAGACACUGAUGUAGUGUCAUAUCUGUCUCAGUAAUGUUCCCACAAUCUGUCACAGUGGUUUCUUUUCACAUUCUCAUAAAUCUUCAAAACGUCGCUUUCAUACCAAACAGUGUAAUGUUAAUGUUAUUGAUCACAUUACAGGGUCAGCGGAGGGCUGUGAAUAUUAUAAAGCUAAAAAAAGAAAUUUAUUUCAGCUGUCUCACAUUAGUUUAAGUACAGAAGAAAGAAACAAUGAAUCUUAAUUAAAACCAGAGCUACAAAUUGCCUCUCAAGUGAAACUGUUUCUCUGACUCAGCUGACCUGAUAACUGAGUGCGUGUUACUCCACUAAUUCCUAACCCUUGGGGGCAGUGUUGUAGUCAAGACCACUUGAACUAAAACCAGACUUGAGGUUGAGGCUGAUUUUUAUUUGUAAUAAGGCUCUACACCGACACUGUAACUUACACAAGUGGCCUGUGUUGUAGUGAGCAUUUAUACUUGUUGGGUGAUGUGUCUGCGUCGUUCUGCACUUAUGCCUCCAAAACACUAGAUGGCGGUGGAACCCUUAUGCCUCUGUUUUGAUUUUCUGCAACGUUCAAUUUGUCUGCUCCAUUAUAACUCACAAAGUUCACAGACAAAACAACUGUCUUAUACUAGACAUGUUUUCCCCACAAAUACAACAUGCUAAUGUAUUUAGCAUACACCUAUGACAUUUCCCAUUGCUUAAAUUAGUCUAGCUGCUAGCAGACUUUUCCUCUACUCAUAUGAAGCCUGAACAACAGUGUCAUGUAACAAAGGUAACGUUACAAAAUUUGGCUCCAUCACAACUCACAAGGUUCACUGACAAAACAACUGUCUUAUACUAAACAUGUUUUCCAAACAAAUACAACAUGCUAACGUUAUUAGCACAAGCCUAUGGCAUUUUACAUUGUAUAAAUUAGCCUAGCGAAUAGCAGAGAUUUCCUCUGCUCAUAUGAAGCCAGGAUAAAUCACACACAAGACUUAAAAUGCUAUUUUUGUGGAGGCUUUAUUGUCUUCACAGUUUAUUGUUUCUUAUCUGUGAAAUUAAAGUAAAUAAAAGCUUUGUCUCCACUGAGGGAAAUGGUUUCAGCUUACAGAAACAGACAGGAGGUCUGCGUUGCCACAACGUGUAGUUACAUUUCUGGGGAGGUGUACAUCAGGUUAUGGUGUAGGGUACAGCGUACGCUCUACAUCGACACAGAGAUACAGUGUCAAUUCAACAAAGAAGUAUAAACUCCACCAGUGAGUCUGACACUACAUAACACAGAUAAAGUGUGGAACAUGCAAACUAUAGGCACUCCACAAACUGAUGUGAAAGACCCACAUUCUCAUAAAACACAGAAAACAAAUUAAGAUUCCUCUCCAUUCACCUCUUUUAUAACUAUAUUGUCUAUCUGUAUGUGUCUGAAUGUAACAUGAGAAAUGUCUGGAUAAAAUAAUCAGAAGGCAUCACAGAGGGGAUUUUUAUUUCCUUUUCUUUCUGUGAGCAAACGAACACAAAGGAUCAACUGAAACAUCUUUAUUCAGUGCUCCUUUUUUGCACUUAUAAUUUAGUGAUAUCCCCACAACCAUGUUUUUUUAAAUUAAAAUCCAGAGUCCUCUUUUGUCUGAGACCGACACAGGGCCGAAUAGAAGCGCGGUCGAGACUCUCAAACAGUGAUCUGAAGUCUGGUCUUGUAUGCUACAACACUGCCUCAGGGUCUGACACAUAAAUUUCACGUGUCACAAAGUGAGUUUAAGAAAGAAAAAAUACAAGUUUGCUUUUUAUUCUUGUGAUACACUUGAUACGUCCACCUUUUUAAGCCUCUAAAAACUCCUCAAACAACCUCAGAAGGAAAAAAAAAUUAGUCUUUGCUCCAACUUCUCCCAGUUUAUACUGGUUUGUUUUAAGGUUUAACAAGCUAAUAAAGGUUGGGAAGCACUGGUUUAUUCCACAAACACCAUUCUCCCUGAACACUGAACUAUAAUUGGUUACCAGACAUGUCAGAUAUAGAUUUUAAAGAAUCGGAAAUAUUAUAAAACGAAGCCAGUGUCGGCCCAGAGUGGAGGAAAACCAACACAUUAGUUCAAGUGAAACCAUGAAGCAGCCGGUUGGUUUGAAAGGACAGAGCAGACUGUGUUUAAAGCAGAGUCACUAAUUUUUAAACGCUGCCGUCACACAAACAAGUAUUUUAACUUUUCACAGUGUGUUUGUGGUACUCCUGACCCGACAAGGCUUUUCACAUGCAGUGUGUGUGCGUGUGUGUGUGUGUGUGUGUGUGUAUGUAUGAUGAUAUUCCUCAUUCCAUAUCAAACCCUGAAGAGUCAGUACAGCUGCAGCAGAAAGUUUUCACCGCUCUCUGUGCAGCUUGUACAAAACUACAGAUUGUGUUAUAACUGUGUGUGUGUGUGUGUGUGUGUGUGUGUGCAGCAUCUAUCCAAGAAGAAAAGAAGAAUCUGAGCCAUAUUCAAUGCAAUAUGAAUAGAUUACGUCUUUUUGCAUUUCUAUAUUAAUCGUUUACAUUACAUUAAUGUUUUUAAACAUAGUUGACCAUUUAGCACCGAGGAGUAUUGAAUGUGCAAUUUUACUUCAGUGCUGGUUGGGUAUAUGAUUGUUUUAUGUUUUUGUUUUUUUUCUUUUGUGUGCAUGUAUGUCGAUGGAUUGAACUUUUAAACAGCCCUGUGAGGUCUCUUUUGAUAUAACCUGUUGUAAACAAAAUUCAUAUAUAAAAGAGGAACUGCUUUCCCCAGAGUGUUUGCGGGGAAACAUUUUAAAGAUUCACAUGUAGCCAUCGUAGAAGUCUGACGGCUUUUAAACUGCACUGCAUAUUAAUGUCAUGUAUGUUAACGAACAACAUGUUGAAAGUCCCGUUUUCGGCUGCUACUAAUAUCCAGUGUUAUUUGUUAUAUUGUGUGUUUCUGCAGGGUUUUUAGGGACAUUUUUGUGAAUCACUAAAGGAUCGUUUUAUUUGAAGAAAGAGCGGUCACACAGUGAGGCAGUAUCUUUUCCAGUUUGAGGUCCACUUGCUAUGUUCUUCCAGAGCUUUCAGCAACAUUUCGUGACUGAAAACUCCAGACGAAAGCUCGUAAAUGUACCUUAAAGGGUGGGACCAUUAUUGUCAAUGUUACUUUAAGUAAUUUUUAAAUCUUUCUGUAGCUUCCCAGUAGUGUUACUCAUGAGUUCAAAUCCAGACAUUUAAAUUUUGGUUGUCUUAGCGUUAAAAUGCUGUUUUCCCAAGCUCUUAUAAAAACGCUUUCUCACACGCCCUGACGCAGGUUUCUGCAUGAUGGCAUCACUACAUAUAAACCCUUUUAGGGUCGACGUCACAAUGACGUAUGUUCAGUUCAUUAGCUGCCUCUCCACCACAGGGCUGUAGGCUACAUAGGAGUCUUAACAUGUGGUCAUGUGUGUACCGGGAGCCAGAAUAAAAGCAGUCAUGGCUCAAAACCAGCCGCCACUGCCCAUCAACAAAAACAAAGAUGGUUAAAUGUGAUAAGACCAAAGGACUGGAUGGAGGCCAUCAUCAAAAAUGCUCACAUGUGCAGCGCACACUUCAUAUCAGGUUAGGGAAAAAGUAUUUCCUGUUGUAGGGAUGAAUAACGCUAUGUGUGUUAAGGGUUACAAGUCCACCUCAUCAGACACUGGCUAUAGAGCCGACAUGCCACAUCCAAGCCUAGUUGCACCACUAAAUUUGAGUAACAACUAGUGUAAACAUGGGUGCAUUGUUGUGAGUUCGCGUGCAUCUUAAAGUCAAACGUGGGCAUAAAAUUAAAAUUAGAGCACAAAAUGGCUGACAUGCUGUAUGAUGAAAAGAAAUGUGCUAUGUUCUUAAAGAUAACAGCAAUGAUCUCAAAUUUUGUGAACAUCAAAGUUACUUUAUCCCAAUUGUAGUGUGCAUUUGGGGGCACUAUGGAGCCCACUGAACACACUUAUAAACACUGCUUACGCACAAAACGAGGCCUGAAAGAGGCGUACACCACUUGCAACGCAAACGGUGUGAUGUAUAAAAACAGGCUUCAUGGGAGAAACUUUGACACAUGCUUACGAACAUUUUGGAAACGGUAAAGUUAGCGAUGCACAUCUAAUAUUUUUUUGGAUUGUGUUUAUAGAUCCUGCGCACUGUUUUAUAAAUGAGACCCCUGAUGUUCGUGCCAAUUUACGCAAAUGUUCAAGCAUCCUGGCCCCUUUAGGUUCGUCGCCCUUUUAGAAAUCAUAAAUUAACGUCAGCAUGUUUCUUGACAUGACUUUAAUUUACACAUUUCCUCUCAUGAUCAGUAAGCUUCUCUUGCGUAUUUGCAGUGAUACUCUCUAAAAUAAUGUGUAGUCUGGUAAACAAAUGAAAAGUCAAAUUUUGCCUUUAGAUCAAAAAUAUAUUUUUAAUUGACACUUUACAGCCAAUCAGAUUUUGAUUCCAUAGCCGUGGUAUACAUUUAAUUACACUGAAAAAUAUAUAGAAAAAGAUACAUGUAUUAUUGUCUGCGGGUUUUUUGUUGUUGUUUUUUUUGCUUUGUAAAGUGUUACAUUCAGGGGCGUUGGAAUAUAAAAAGUAGAGUGAUUACGUUUUUGUUUUGUUUGGUUUUUUACCAGUUUUAAUCCCAAACUCACACGACAGUAUUUUUCUUUUAUGACAUAUGAGAUGCUCUGCAGCACUUGUGAGGAAUUCCUUGACUAAAUCCACAUUUCAGACCCCUCAGAUCAGAGUGUAUUCCUUUUUUUGCCAUUGAUAUGUUUAUGAUGCAAGACUUCUACGAUGGCCACCACCGUCAGCGUCCACCUGAGACAUUCCUCUGAGUGUCUCCAGACAAUAAAACAGACAAAAAGUGUAAAUGAAAUCCUUGAACAUCUGUGAAUGGUGAUGACCUUUUCUAUGAAGUGACUGUGGUAAUAAGCUCGGCCCGCUCUGAAUGACAUACACACACGCUUCUUCUUAUCACUCUUUCUAUUGAGUAGAAACUUUGUAUUAAAUUGUGUCUCUCAUCAGCGUUGGUUUAUGCAUGGCAUUUUCUUACCUCCUUCCUCUGGAUUAUUUUCUGGUAAUGGCAUAAAGGAUGGCAUUAUUGUUGUUUAAACUAUUCAAUUAUUAUAGUUUUAAAUGAUUCCUCCCUGAGGUUCCUCUUAGGUUGGACAUGUGGUUUUCUUUUGCUUUUGUAUUUCUUAUUUCUCUGCUGAUGAUGACGACGAUGAUGAUGAUGAUGAUGAUGAUGGGAUUACUUGAAGUUUGUUGUUUUGUUUUAUUUGUUAAAAGAAGAUGUGAUGCUGU